AAAUAAACCAGCACAUCUACUUUUAGCAAUUGCAAGGUUCCAAGCCGGAAGUGGCCAUCACUACCCAACGCCAUUCGUCGACGGUACCCUCCGACGAGAUAGCCGGGAAAGUAGAUUAAAAUUCCGGCCAAAAUCAGGGCCGGCGUCCGGUGACAUAAACACACGUUAACCUGAGCAACUAGUAUUUGGAUUGGAUGUGGGAAUUUUGGAGAAGGCAUAAGAGGAAGGUAUAUGUUACAUUUGGAGUUCUUGGAAGUGGUUACCUUUUGUAUAAGCUGUAUGAAGGACACAAGCGGCGACUAUCUGAUCUUGAGAGGGAACUUGCAGAUGAAAGGAGAAAUGAGGAACUCAUUAGAUCCCAGAUCAAGGAACAUUUCGGGAAAAUUCAGACAAUAGCUGAUUCAACGACAUUGCCCCAUGUAAUGCGACAUUUAAGUAGUCGAAUAGAAGAAGACUUGGACCUCACGCACUUGAUGGAGAGGCUGAUGAAAGGGAAAGACGAGCCAAAUUCUCUAACUGCUGCAGAGAAGCUGGAGCUGUGGGACAGACUCAAAAUUUUAAAUUUUACCAGAAUUGUGUUGUCUCUUUGGGCGACCACAAUGCUAAGCUUAUACAUUAGAGUUCAAGUCAACAUAUUAGGGAGACAUCUUUAUAUCGAUACUGCACGUGGCCUUGGAAGCUCUAUUCAACUUGAUGAAGCUGAUCUAAUUGACAGAGAUGAUGAGCAGCAGUUUCUAGCCAGUGCAGACUAUCUUACCAAUGUUGGCCUGCCUGCCUUGAUUUCAUGUUUUGAAACUGCAACAUCUGAAGUUCUAAAAGGAAAACAGUUGAAGGAUUUCUUCAACACAACUGUACUUCAUGAUACCAUUCUGCAGAUAUUGGCCACCUUUCUGAGCAUGGGAAGCCCUCAUCACUGGAUGGGCUUUUUGAUGCCAGAGCCCUCUAAACGAUAUAACUCUGCUGCUACCUCUAGCAGUGAUAGUACAGAACCUUCACCUGCAUCCAAAUUUGAACAACUUAUGCUGGAGGCACAGGCCGUUUUGUCAAGCUCCGAAUUUGAGAAUAUUCUGGAUAUGUCACUUAAAACAGCGGUGGAUGUGAUGAUGGAAGACAUAAAGGUCCUCUGUGGAGAAACCAAUUUAAAGUUAGGUAUUCCAUUAGCUAAACUUCUACCACGACUUGCUCAUAUGAGUCGCAUCCUGCUUGAAGAAUCCAAUAGGGACAGAUACAUCCAAAUUGUCCAAAACAUGCCAGAAGUAGAAAUGUUCUUCACCUUGUUAUAUGCAAGCACACCAGCUUCAUAGUGUAGGAGCAUGUUGUAUUCUUGUGUAGCUUCAGUGUAGGCGUGGAUGUAAAAGAUUACAUAUAGCAUUUUGUUAGCUCCUUCAAGGGUUAAAAUUUGGACAAAAAUAAGAAAACUGAAGAUUUUAUGGUGAUGUUUCAUCCUACCUGUUACCACAGUGUUGCUUAGGAGUAUUAAAUUUAUUACGCAGACUGGUUAUUUCAUCAGCUGAAUUUAAUAGCUUAAAGCUGCUUUCAAAGCGUGCAAUUUUGUUUUUCCUA